UGGAGUUCAUGUGUUGUGUAACAGUAGAAAUUGAGUGUUUAGGAGUUAGUUGUGAACAGCUAGCACAUCUGUCACAGCUGAUUAAACCUUCAGCGGGAGACUGAAAUGGAGGAGAACGGAUCAGAAGGAAAAGCUGUGAAAUAUUAUCGCUUAUCGGAAGUGGAGGAACGGAAUUCUUUUAAAAGUACCUGGAUUAUAAUCAACCACAAAGUCUACGAUGUGACCAAGUUUUUGGAAGAGCAUCCAGGAGGAGAGGAGGUGUUGCGGGAACAGGCUGGAGGAGACGCCACAGAGAACUUUGAGGACGUGGGUCACUCCACAGAUGCCAGAGAAAUGGCUAAGAGCAUGCUCAUAGGUGAACUACAUCCAGAUGACCGGCAUAAGAUUGCCAAACCACCAGAAUCUCUCGUAACAACAUGUCAUGAGUCUACAAGCUGGUGGUCCAACUGGUUGAUACCAGCCCUGGCAGCGGUGAUCGUCACAAUGAUGUAUCGUAUGUACACAGCUGAGGAGGAGUGACCGGUACUCUUUCAGUGGACUGUUGGUGUGAUUUUUUUUUUUUUUUCCACUGCUGUAUUUAAACAUUCCUGAAUUACAACACCCAUAAUGCAUUUCUGGUUCAUGUUCACCAGUCACAGCUAUGAUUAAUGAAGGCUUUCUGUAACUGUGUGUAUCAGUUUUAAUAUGAUAUUGUAAUAUUAACAUGUGGAUGUAUUAAUGACUUGAGAUCUAUAUUUUAGAUUAUAGGCAUGUGUAGAAGUGAGUAGUUCUGCUGUAUGUUUGUGUUGUUACUGUGUAAAUAUAAUUAUGUAAUAGGUAUAACAGGUUAACAUGAUAAUACUCAACAUGGUGGGAGGGAUUUUAAUAACAGGAUGAUUUCUUACUAAUUGUAAAAAUCUGCAUAGAAAAACAGUGAAUGAUGUGAAAGAAUGCUGGAGUCCAUGAUGUCUGAUCUAGCAGUAAUAAAAUAUGAAACCACUAUGCAACCAUUAUAAUAACAAAUGUCAUCACAAAUGUACUUUAAAAUAACAUUCUAGCAUUGUUAAACAUAAUCUCUGUCCAUUAGAUCUGUAUUAUGUGCCUUCAUUCCAGACAAGAAUUUCGACAAAUUGAUGGGUACUAAGAAAAUAAUAAAAACCUUCAAAUUCC